UACGACAUUCUUUCUGAUGGCCCAAACGGCAUUCCACUGAAGUACGGCAAAGUGGGUGAAACGGUCUACCAUAAAUGGACGUGCGUCUCGGAGCUUACAGACGUCUAUUGCAUGCGUGUCCAUUCAUGUACCGUAUAUGACGGUCAGGGUGGUCCUCCUGUAACCGUACUCGACGUCAAUGGCUGCUCCGUGGAUGGCGUGUUCAAAUUUGCUGACAAAGCUGGGCUUUAUUUCAACUGUCAAAUUGAACUCACAAUCAAGGACAAGCAGUAUGGAUGCAGUAAU